CGAGUAGUCACCAUGAAGCUAAUACAUCUCGUAAGGUGUGAAUGAAGAGGCAAGCAACCCCGAAAUACACAAUGACAACCAAUGUCCUUCUGAAGUAUAUGCGAACGAUAAGGACAUAUCUUUUGAAUCGGGACGAGACAGGAGUUGAUAUCGACAUCGUCACGAAAGACAUAUAAUAGAAAGCCGGAUCUAUACCCCAACAUAGGGACGCCGUACAUAAAUCCGAGCCCAUGGAUGAUCCGCCUGAGAGGCACACGUUAGUGAAACUUAUCGAGGAAGCUGGUUGGGAUGAUAAUGGCCCUGUGGUCUCUCGUACGUAUCUUGCCGAUGCGAGUCUCUGGAAGCAAUUCAUCGAGCUCUGGGACCCGAUUCUACAAUGCACCAUGGAUGCGGCACCCGAUUCAGCAGGAUUCGAGUGCAUUGGCGACCGACUUCAGGUGAGGAUUGUCGAUGACGAAGCCUUGGGAAAUAAGUGUCCGGAUGAUGUAGCUUUUGCGCAUCGUCUUUGCGAGGACGAUGAUGAUUCAGAAGAAGUUGGAUUCUUGGAACCUGGCCUACGGACUAGGAUGUGUCUCUUCGUGGAUCAGGAAUGUAUGGAGUCUGUCACCGCGCCGAGGGCGGAUGCCCUGCUUUUUGUCAAAGCUGUCAGCGUCAGACUGGGCACUACACGGUGGCCGGAGCAAGCAUUCGUCUCCAAAGUCGCCAUCGAGUCAUUGAUCACAGAAGUCUACCCCGCACUUCUACUGCCCGAGAUUUCUGUCACGGAACUGAGACCCAUCAUGGAUGGCGAUGCCUAGAGGUCACUUUCGCAGAGUGUCUAUCGGCGAUUCAGCUUGUGGUUCCGUGACAUGUGGGAGACAAGAUCAGGACGACUAGAUGAGAUCAACUUUGUGAUAGUAGCGACCAGCGCCAUUCGGUACAAUUUGUACGGCUGUGCUAUGGAACAGAUCAAUGA